AUGCCUCACCAUGAGGUAAAUUCCACUGCUGAUGAGCGGAGGAGGGGUCAAGAGGCCUUGAGCGAGUUCGCCGACUAUGCUGAACAGCAGACCCACUACUCCACCAUCCCCGCACCAAACGACAGCGAACAUUCUACAGCCAGUGCACAAGAGAAAGGAGAAGAUUUUGAUGAAAUCAAUGACCUCUUGGGUGCACUUAACAUCUCCGAGAAAUCCCAAGCGGUCGAUCUCAAGAAGGUCUUACUCGACAAGACCGAAGCUAAUCUGCAAAUAUUGGCUAACAUAAUUCAACUUCGCAUCGACGAAGGCCACGGUGACGCGAUAUUUGAUCUGGGACUCGACAAUGGCGGCAAAUCAAUGGGAUUUGACCUUGCUGAGUGGGAGAUUGCGCUUAGCCAUCUGCGCGAAGCUGCAGAGACCAUCCCCGCUCACUGCCGUUUACUGAUCACCUACAACGUUGGUGGACCUGAGGAGUCGCCUGCAAAGAAAAAGCUUAAUGGCUCCUGCGGCACGGUGCUUAUCCGCCAGGUUGUGAAGAACAUGGAAGAGAUGGCAGAGCUCCGCAUUGCGGUGGUGGGCAAUGUGGAUGCCGGCAAGAGUACCAUGUUGGGUGUGCUAGUCAAAGGUGCCCUCGAUGAUGGCCGUGGUCUUGCGCGAGUCAACCUAUUCCGCCACCCGCACGAGGUUGAGAGUGGUCGGACUAGCUCGGUCGGCUCGGAAAUCAUGGGAUUUGACAGUCAUGGCGAUAUCGUUGGUCAUCACCAAGGCCGAAAAUUGCCCUGGGAAGAUAUCUGUGAACGCUCCGCUAAGGUGAUUACCUUCUACGAUCUAGCAGGCCACGAACGUUAUUUGCACACCACUGUGUUCGGUAUGAUGGGUCAUAGCCCAAACUACUGCAUCUUGAUGGUUGCCGCAAACAAUGGCAUGAUUGGAAUGAGCCGUGAGCAUCUGGGAAUCACUCUAUCCCUCAGCGUGCCUGUCAUGGUUAUUAUCACUAAGAUUGACAUCUGUCCCCCCAACGUUCUCAAGGAGACUAUCGAUCAGUUGAAGAAGAUUUUGAAGUCGCCUGGCGCACGCAAGAUCCCUGUCUUUGUUAAAGACAAGGAAGAGACUAUUCUUACAGCUUCUCAAUUUGUCAGUCAGAGAAUUUGCCCCAUUUUCCAAGUAUCCAACGUUACUGGCGAAAACUUGGACCUAGUACGAACUUUCCUCAACGUUCUUCCCCAUCGUGGUCAGUACAACCAAGAUGGCCCCUUUGAAUUCCUCGUGAACGACAUCUUCUCCGUUCCUCAUGUAGGCACUGUCGUGGCUGGUGUGGUCAAAUCUGGUGUAAUUCACACGGGUGACCAGGUUAUUGUUGGGCCCGACUCUUUAGGCCACUUUAAACCAACUCUGAUCAAGUCUAUUGAGCGAAAGCGAACCGCCGUCAACAUUGGUGUUGCUGGCCAGAGUGUCUCUUUUGCGUUGCGACGUGUCCAGCGCAAAGAGGUGCGCAAGGGCAUGGUAGUUUUGAACAAAGUUGAGAAUCCACCCAAAGUCUACAGGGAGUUUAUCGCCGAAGUAUUGAUUUUGUCUCACGCAACAACUAUUACCGAAAAGUACCAGGCUAUGGUGCACGUUGGAGCGGUGAGCCAGACUUGUAGGGUGAUUGGCAUUGAUCGCCCAUUCCUUAGAACUGGCGAUCGUGCCCUCGUUGCUUUUCAAUUCAUCGUUCGACCCGAGUUCAUUACUAUUGGUGACAAGGUGCUCUUCCGUGAAGGUAAGACCAAGGGUCUUGGAACUGUUAAGAGUAUCGGUUAUACCCCUGCCUUCCCUCGACAUAUCCCUGCCAGUGGAGCAUGA